AUCCACUCCUUCCAAUAGCGGAUGCAUGUUGCCAACAUUGCGACACAUCCGGACUUGCCCAAGUGGCGAGAUGAUUGAAAGACUAACGACUCCCGGCAUGCUCGAAUGUGGAGGGUGCAGCGGGGCCUUAUCAGACAAUCUGCCGCCGUUGUGGCCAAGUGUGGCUCCGGAGGCCAGGAGAUGCUAAAUGUCGAUAGUCAUGUGACCAAUUACUGCAGCCCGGACGUAUAUAGCUUAUUCUUGUCUCACGAGCUAUACCCUCUAGAGGAUCCACCAAGCGUCAGCAAUGUCGUAGUUGAUAGUCGACGGCGAUAUGUCGUGAAGUGCAAAGUCCUGGUGCUCCGCAUCUGGUAUCUGCCAGAACCCAUAUCGAACCGGUACGAAUUGAACGGCACGUCUGAAGCAUAUGGUAAGCGACUGAGGGGAUUAUCCAGUCCUGGAUUCCAGAUGAGUGCCUUCUCGGAUCCGGUCUUUUGGCCCCCUUACCAACAUGAUAAGUUUCAUGAUAUUAUUGAUUCUUUUGAAAACAUCAAACCCAGCGAGAAUAUCGAGGAAACGCUUCAGCUCGAGAUCUUGAAAUUGCGCCUUUGCCGCUGGCGGGACGCUAUCGUCCAGCUAGCCGGGGCUUCGGAAACGCCUGAGGGUGCAGAUGCGAGCCUAUUUGACUCAUUCUUGAGCUUCAUCCAGAAUACCCUUGGACUGGGAGCAGAAAUGCCGCUUUCGGCUGGGUUGACGAACGCCGAAGACCACUGGCUUAUUCAAACAUUGCAGGAUGCUGCUGGGGCACAUCGAGGGCCAUCUCAUCAGACAUCAUCUACCGAGGGCCGACCCAAGAGAGCAAUCUCUAGGCCGACCUUGAUGGCUGUCAAAGGCCUAGUUGACCAGCUGGAGGUUGCUGGGCUUCAAAAAAAGCUCCAUCAGUUGCGGUCCGCAGAUUCAGAGGCGUUCAAGAAGCACCACCGAGCUUGUGAGCAGGAUAUCAACCUCCUUAAGGGGAGUGCCAUGGCCGUAGACCCGAAAUUCGGCGAAUUACUCCGUUGGGGCGGUGACUUGUUUUCCGACAUUGAAGUUCAGGACAAUUUUGUCGGCCAUUUUGGCCAUAACCUUGCGCCGGGGGAGUCUUCGGCGGGUGCUACGUUCACCGGUAUCAAAGCUGGCGGCCAUGCCUUCGCCCAUUUUGGGCACACGAUCGGGAAUUUCAAGGGGAAGACGAUGUACGAUGGCAGGCAGGAGGCAGACAAGUAAAUCCAGCAUCCAGUCGCCGUGAGCGUGGAUUAUAUGUGACAUGUACGUUUAGCGUGCAGGUACUCUGUUGUAGUCGGUUCCUACUACAAAGAAUAAGAGCUCAGUUGCUAUUG